AUGAAUAACCCGCUGAACAUCAACCCUGAACCAGCUCAUGAAGUAUCUCGGCUGCCCCUUUUAUAUGCUGUAAAAAACGGCGACUAUAAUGACGUUUGUGAUCUACUAAAUGAUAAUUAUAAGGAGCUCAAUGAGACAGAUAAUAACGGCAGCACACCUUUAUGGUGGGCUGCAUAUAAGGGCUAUAAUUCAAUCGUCAAUCUGCUUUUAGAGAUGGAGAGCGUCGAUAUAAACUCAAGGAAUUGUGAUGGGUUAACGCCAUUUCUCGCAGCUAUUGAAGAAAACCACACCAGUACUGUCAGGAUCUUGAUUGAGGCAAAGAAUAUCGAUGUGAACAUAAGCGAUAAUGAAGAUUAUUCAGCAUUAUUCUACGUGACGUCAUUUUCCGGCGAAGACAUGGCCGAGGUUCUUGUGAGCUCAGGCAAAAUAUCAACAUAUGAAACUGUUCUAUUCGCAUUCUCGGACGACUCGGACUCUAAACAUAUGUUGCUUACGGCGACAGAUUCACCCACGCCGCUAUAUUGGGCAAGCUACAACGGAUACGGCAAGGUGGUUAAGAUGAUAUUAGACAGGGGUGAUGUAGACACGCUGGACUAUAAUUGGGAAGAUGCGUCAGGGCGAACAGCGCUAUUGUGGGCUGUCGAAAAGCAACACCGAGAUGUUAUUCAGCACCUGGUGAAGUCAGAACGGAUAGAUGUGAACCACCCAGACAAAAAGGGGCGCACACCGCUUCGUUGGGCUUGCGAAAUGGGCCGGAAGGAUAUUGUUGAUCUCCUCAUAAGCACCGGGAGAGUCAACAUUGCACAGCAAUCGAACGGAGUUGGAGGGUUUUCCUAUUACAUGGGUCAUAGACAUCAAAGGCGCCGCCGCCGCACAUAUUAUUAG